AUGCUGCUGCCCGUAUUCACCCUCAAACUGCGCCACAAAAUCAGCCCCCGCAUGGUGGCCGUUGGGCGCUACGACGGGACUCACCCGUGUCUGGCCGCCGCUACCCAAGCGGGCAAGGUUUUUAUUCACAACCCUCAUACACGGAGCCAGCAUUUCAGUGCAUCCAGGGUCUUCCAGAGCCCCCUGGAGUCUGAUGUUUCGCUUCUCAACAUUAACCAGGCAGUCAGCUGCCUGACUGCAGGAGUACUGAACCCUGAGCUUGGCUAUGAUACUCUUUUAGUGGGGACACAGACUAACCUUUUGGCUUAUGAUGUCUACAAUAAUUCAGAUUUGUUCUACAGAGAGGUGGCAGAUGGGGCCAAUGCAAUUGUGCUGGGGACAUUGGGAGAUAUUUCCUCUCCUCUUGCAAUUAUUGGUGGAAAUUGUGCUCUGCAGGGUUUUGAUCAUGAAGGAAAUGAUCUCUUUUGGACGGUUACUGGAGAUAAUGUUCACUCCUUGGCCUUGUGUGACUUCGACAGUGAUGGGAAGAAAGAGCUGCUUGUUGGAUCUGAGGAUUUUGAUAUCCGAGUUUUUAAAGAAGAUGAGAUUGUGGCAGAAAUGACAGAAACAGAGGUAAUCACCUCUCUUUGCCCCAUGUAUGGCAGUCGAUUUGGUUAUGCCCUUUCCAAUGGCACAGUUGGAGUUUAUGACAAAACAGCCCGAUACUGGAGAAUUAAAUCCAAAAAUCAUGCCAUGAGCAUUCAUGCUUUUGACCUUAAUUCUGAUGGAGUAUGUGAACUGAUAACUGGUUGGUCCAAUGGGAAGGUCGAUGCUCGGAGUGACCGAACUGGGGAGGUCAUCUUUAAAGACAACUUUUCUUCUGCAAUUGCCGGCGUGGUAGAGGGAGAUUACCGGAUGGAUGGCCACAUUCAGUUAAUCUGCUGCUCGGUGGAUGGGGAAAUCCGUGGCUACCUGCCAGGCACGCCUGAGAUGAGAGGGAACAUCAUGGACACCAGUGUAGAGCAGGACCUGAUCCGAGAACUGAGUCAGAAAAAACAGAACCUGUUGCUGGAGCUCCGUAACUACGAGGACAAUGCCAAGGCCGAACUGAGCAGUCCCCUGAGUGAGGCUGAUGGGCAUCGGGGCGUCAUCCCGGCCAACACCAAGCUGCACACGGCCCUCUCCGUCAACCUGGGGAGUGCAGCGCAGGCUGCCCACACCGAGUUGUGCAUCUCCACUUCUAACGACACCAUCAUCCGAGCAGUACUGAUUUUUGCAGAGGGAAUUUUUCUAGGUGAAAGCCACGUGGUGCAUCCCAGCAUUCACAACCUUUCCAGCUCCAUUCGCAUCCCAAUCACACCUCCCAAAGAUGUCCCUGUGGAUCUGCACUUGAAAACCUUCGUGGGUUACAGAAGCAGCACCCAGUUUCAUGUAUUUGAGCUGACAAGACAGCUCCCCCGCUUCUCCAUGUAUGCACUGACCAGCCCAGACUCAGCCAGUGAGCCGCCUAGUUAUGUCAACUUCAUCAUCGCAGAACGGGCGCAGAGGGUUGUUAUGUGGCUCAACCAGAACUUUCUGUUACCAGAGGACACAAACAUUCAGAAUGCUCCAUUUCAAGUGUGUUUCACAUCCUUACGAAAUGGUGACCAGCUGUUUAUAAAAAUAAAACUUAGUGGAGAGAUCACUAUAAAUACUGAUGAUAUUGAUUUGGCUGGUGACAUCAUACAGUCGAUGGCAUCAUUUUUUGGUAUUGAAGACCUUCAGGUAGAAGCGGAUUUCCCUGUCUACUUUGAAGAAUUACGAAAGGUGCUGGUUAAGGUUGAUGAAUAUCACUCAGUCCAUCAGAAGCUCAGUGCUGACAUGGCUGAUAAUUCUAAUCUGAUCCGAAGUUUACUGGUCCGAGCUGAGGAUGCUCGUCUGAUGAGGGACAUGAAAACAAUGAAGAGUCGCUAUAUGGAACUUUAUGACCUUAAUAAAGACUUGCUAAAUGGAUAUAAAAUUCGCUGUAACAAUCACACAGAGCUCUUGGGAAGCCUCAAAGCAGUAAAUCAAGCGAUUCAAAGAGCAGGUCGUCUGCGUGUUGGAAAACCAAAGAACCAGGUGAUCAGUGCUUGUCGGGAUGCCAUUCGAAGCAACAACAUCAACACUUUCCGAAUCAUGCGGGUGGGGACAGCUUCUUCGUAGGAGAGGAGAGAAUAGGUAACCAAGUUCCUCAAAAGGAUUUUUCUUUAAACAUCUAGGCUGGUUUGCUUUGGGUCACAUCCUCGUGAACCCAAGGUGCUAGGAAUGAAAACAACCUUGGUGAGUUGUACAGGUGAAAAAAAGCAUUUGUUUCUGAAAAGUGUCCCCAAUUUAUUUUUCUGUAAAAAGUCAGUAGUACUGUUGCCAUAUAAUACUAGGUUUGUAUGGAGAUAACCGAAUACUUUUGAAACAUUAUGGAUUCAAAGUCGUUUUUCUGUAUGUGUGUAAAAUGGUCUGUAGAUACGUCUUUUUUCUUGAAAUUGUUACUGAAUUUGUAAUUAAAAAUAGAUUAUCUACUUUUUCAUUAAAAUUUAAAAGUGCUGCA